CAAUGGCUUAUAUAACAAAGCCGUCCAUAGUCUAUCCUUGAUAUUGUCAAGAAAACAAAAGGUAAAGACAAACAAGUUCAUCCAAAUGAAGUGUACACAGAGUGUCUCUGUUUACUUAAACUGCAAUUUGUCUGAAAUAUCAAAAAGUAUCAUAUACCAUCUAAGCCAUGUUUCUCAGCAAAUUUUUGAACAUCUUGCUAGUUUUAGUAAUUUUUGUUAUCCCUUCUUUAUAUUCAUUGAACUUUAAUAUCACCAAUAUUGAUACUUCUCAUGUUAAUCUCUCUAUCAAUGUCACUGGAGACGCCUAUGUAACGAAAGAGGGCAUACAAGUCACGCCUAAUGAACGUAACAUGACAUUAGGUGGAAAAACAGGACGCGCCACAUACAUUGAGACACUGCAGUUAUGGAACAAGGCUACAAGGGAAUUGACAGAUUUUACUACGCAUUUCUCUUUUGUUAUUGAUUCAAAUGGUAACGGUAGUUUUGCUGAUGGACUAGCCUUUUUCUUAGCUCCUGUUGGUUCGAGUAUUCCAGUUGGUUCGUCUGGCAGUGGCCUUGGUCUUGUUAAAGCUGAGACAGAAAACAUGCCAUCAUAUGAGUCAUUUGUUGCUAUAGAGUUCGAUACAUUUGUUAAUACCUGGGACCCUUUUGGCAUACAUGUAGGCAUCAAUAUAAAUUCUAUGGAAUCUGUUGCUACUAAAAUAUGGGUAAAUGACAUUAAACUUGGGAAGAAAAAUGAUGCUUGGAUUAGUUACAAUGCUAGUUCCAAGGUUCUUGAAGUUGUUUUCACAGGAUUUCAGAAAAAAUAUAAUCGAGACAAACUAAGCUACGCCGUUGAUCUGAGGGAUUAUUUGCCUGAGAAUGUUAGUUUUGGCUUCUCAGCAUCAACUGGACAAUUGUUUCAGAAAAACAAUGUCAAGUCUUGGGAUUUCAAUUCGAGUUUUGAUGCUAUCAUAGUUCCAGAACAUGUCAAUCAGCCUAGUGCAAGUCCUCCUAUACAACUUCAAGAUCCAAAAAAUCAUCCUAUUCAAGGUCAAACUCCAAAUGAUCCUCCAAUUACUCAUGUUCAAGAACCAAAGGGUCCUCCUCAAAAAGUACUCAGGACCUCGGGAAAAGGAAGCAAGGGACUAGUAGUUGGAUCAAGCAUAGGAUUACCUAUUCUGAUUCUUGGUUUGAUAACUGCCAGUUGCAUUUUGUGGAGGAAAAAGAGAAAAGGAGAUGAGAAAGAAAAUGUCUUCAUUGAUCUAGAUAUGGAUGAUGAAUUUGAAAAGGGUACCGGUCCUAAGAAGUUCUCGUAUGGUGAAUUAGCUCGUGCAACAAACAACUUUGCUGAGGGACAGAAGCUUGGUGAAGGAGGAUUUGGUGAUGUUUAUAAAGGUUUAUUGAAGGAAUGUAACUCAUAUGUAGCUGUUAAGAGAGUAUCAAAAGGGUCUAAACAAGGGAUAAAGGAGUAUGCAUCAGAAGUGAAGAUCAUCAGUCGAUUAAGGCAUAGAAAUUUGGUUCAACUUAUCGGUUGGUGCCACGAGAAAGAGAAGCUGCAUCUUGUUUACGAACUGAUGCCCAAUGAGAGCCUAGAUAAACAUCUUUUCAAAGAAAAGUCAUUGUUGGUCUGGGAAAUCAGGUGGAAAAUUGCUCAAGCAAUUGCCUCAGCUUUACUGUAUCUACACGAAGAGUGGGAACAAUGCGUAGUCCAUAGAGACAUAAAAGCAAGUAAUGUCAUGUUGGAUUCAAACUUCAACGCUAAAUUAGGUGAUUUUGGGUUGGCUAGGCUUAUUGACCAUGACAAAGGAUCACAAACAACGAUGCUAGCAGGGACCGUGGGGUAUAUGGCACCGGAAUGUAUUAUGAAUGGAAAAGCUAGCAAGGAGUCAGAUGUAUACAGCUUUGGAAUAGUAGCAUUGGAAAUAGCAAGUGGAAGAAGAUCAAUAAAUAUUAAAGCACCAGAAGAUCAAGUGAGAUUGGUUGAAUGGGUGUGGAGCCUGUAUGGAACGGGAGAGCUAGUCGAAGCAACUGAUCCAAGAUUGAAUAAAAUGUUUAAUGAGAAAGAAAUGGAACGUUUAAUGGUCAUCGGUCUAUGGUGUGCUCAUCCAGACAACAAACUGAGGCCAUCAAUAAGGCAAGCUAUCCAUGUUCUAAACUCUGAAGCUCAAUUACCAAAUCUUCCAUCAAGAAUGCCAGUUGCAACAUAUUCACCCCCUCCAUUGAAUAUGUUUUCCUCUCCAUUUUCAAAUACUUAUGAAGUUAGUAUGCAGGAGCAGACUAUGACUUACACUGUUUCAUCAAGUGUCUAUACUUCGUCAGCUGCUUCAUCGACAAAAUCACUUUUGUAAACCAUGACUUCUGCUUUUCUUAUAUUGUUUCACUUCAUUUAUCAAUGGAUUUUGUGUUGAUUUCCCUUCUCUACAAUCAUUUAGACAUAUAAUGGAUGAGUAAAUACUGAGUUUUGUUAAAAGUUGAGAAUUCACUUCACUUUUGACAGCAAAAAUAUAAGGAUGUUUUUCUUUUUAGUUUUGACUGAUUUUUCGUCUUUCAAUAGGUCAAAUUUUGGGGAAGUUGUUGGUUGAGCUUUUCUUAGUAAACAACAGCUUCAUGAUAAAACAAAGACGUCCAUAGACUCAUUAGGACCAAAAGCCACCAGCAAGGUACCAAAAAUUUCUAUAGUUUUGUGUUCAAAAUGAACAAUCCUUUACUCUUAGGCAGACGCAUAUUAAAUUUUAUAGAAGGAAUUAGCUUCUUCAAAAUGCUUCCUGCGCAACACAUAGCCUCCAGGGGUGAAAAAGGGAUAGAUCGAAUAUCAAUCGAGAAAGCCUAUUAGUUGGAACUGUUAGGAUUGAAAUUAAUUAGGUCUUAAGCGAAAGCUACCAAAAGUAAACCUCAAAAAAUUAUGAGUAAAAAUACAAAUGAGAAAUAUAAAAAAAUAAAAACAAAAAUUUAACAUGGUGUUUGAUCAAUUCGACGUACAUCCACAAAAGAGAUGAACAAUCUACUAUAUAAAUAUGAGUGUACAAAAUAUAAAGAAAAAUAACCUCAAUCAAUUCACUCAAAAUACAUGAGAGAGAUUCAUAAUGAUAACAUAUCAAGUUUGUGUCCUCAAAACUCUCAAAGUCCGCACGAUUAUAUUAUGAAUGUUAAUUAAGUUAAAAGAAAAAAACAUUUUCCUAUAAAAAAAAAAGAACUUGUCCAUCUUAAAUCUUUUUCUAAAAGAAAAAACUAUUUAUGGUAAAAAAGAAAAACUUAGAAUACAAAAAUAUUUUAGAAAUCUCGUAUACAGCAUAUUCUAGAUUCAUGUAUCAAUCGGCAUAAAAGAAAUUUGGGUAAAAAUUAUUAUUCAUUAUAUUACUGAUUCCUAGUCAGACAAAAAGCUUCGUUAGGAAAUAAACUAAUUCUAGUCCUAGUUUACUUGGUAUUAUGGAUUCCUAAUCUUAGUUUAUUUUGGUUAUUAGUAUUCUUAUAAAUAGGAAUAUCUAAUUAAAUAUUUUUAAGGUACAAACAUACCAGAGUUCUGCCACAUAGCAUCAAGAAUUUAACCAUGGGUGAUGCUUCAAAUUCAACCUAUAUUCCAGAGAAGGAUCUCCAUACUUAUUUAGAGGAAUUAUUCAAGAAAAAGAGUUCUGCCAGAAAAAACGCACUAAAGACAUUGAUUAAGCAAUUUGAGACCAAUGUCCGUUACGAAUUUGUUCAAAAUAAUUUUGUCACUUUAAUACAUCGAUGCCAAAAUUGCUUGAAACGGGGUUCAGCAUCGGAGAUUGAUUUAGCAUUACAACUAAUAGGAUUAGUUGUUCUAACGCUUGGUGCCGGUGAUAAUGCACGUGAGGUGUAUGAAGAAUUGUUUGUGUUAGUCCGUGAACUUGUCACCAAAUCCAAAUUAUGUCACGCGAUCAAGGUGUUUGAAUGUUUGUCUAUUGUCACUUGUGUUGGUGCCAGAGACUUUAUAGACACCGAAAGAUCAAUGGAAAUUAUAUGGCAAUUCUUGAAUCAAGAAACCAAACAUACAUCCUCUGUGACGGCUGCAGCAAUAUCAGGUUGGGUUCUCCUCCUGUCAGGCAUUGAUCGAUGGAGCAUUAGUCCGAAAAAGUGGAAAGAAUCGAUCUCUUAUCUUCUGAAACAAUUAGAGGAAGAUGAUGAACAUGUUAAUGUUGCUAGCAUUGAAGCGCUAGCUUUGAUUUUUGAAAUUGGCAGUCUUGAGAAAUUUUCCAAUCAAGACGGAGAAUACAAGGACAUAAAAGAUGGGAUAAUGGAUCAGAUAAAGAGAAUAUGCAAUGGCACCAAACAAGACACUUCAAAAAUUUUCGAGGAUGAUUAUGAUAAGACCAUCACCCUCACAUUAGGCAGAACAAGUCUCACUUUUAGCACCUGGUCAAAGUUGAAACAAAUAAGUUACAUAAGGAAAUUUUUAGGCAACGGUUUCAAAAAUCACAUGAAGGAAAACAAACACCUCCACAACGUUUUUAAUUUUGCACCAGCAAGAAAAUGCAGUAGUGAUGAUGAUUUAGAACUGUACAAACCUGAGUUCGAAGAGGCGGUUGUGCGAGUUUUUGUGCCUGAAGUUAGAAGAGAAAAUUGUGCAUGGAGGAUUAACAAGUCCCGUAAUUCUGUACUGAGCAAGGGAAGGACUAAGUUGCGGAACAAGUACAGAACUCUUGCAGAGGAUACCAAGACUGGGCACAUUGCUGAUGAACAGCUUGACUGAAAUAAUUUUUUCAAUUGGGGUAACUAAUGAAACAUACGAUUUUUAAGGCAUUA